GGGCCUGGGAGGAACAGAGCCCAGAGCGAGUGAGCGGUCAUCAUGGCCACUUCAGAGCUGAGCUGCCAGGUGUCUGAGGAGAACUGUGAGUGCCGAGAGGCCUUCUGGGCUGAGUGGAAGGAUCUGACACUGUCCACGCGGCCUGAGGAGGGUUGCUCCCUGCAUGAGGAGGAUGCCCAGUGGCGGGAGACCUACCACCAGCAGGGGCAGUGCCAGGCGCUGGUGCAGCGUUCCCCCUGGCUGGUGAUGCGGAUGGGCAUCCUGGGCCGCGGGCUGCAGGAGUACCAGCUGCCCUACCAGCGGAUGCUGCCGCUGCCCAUCUUCACCCCUGCCAAGGUGGGCGCCACCAAGGAGGAGCGCAAGGACACCCCCGUCCAGCUGCGGGAGCUGCUGGCACUGGAAGCAGCCCUGGGUGGCCAGUGUGUGGACCGCCAGGACGUGGCCGAGAUCACCAAGCAGCUGCCCCCUGUGGUGCCUGUCAGCAAGCUCGGCGCCCAGUGUCGCACUCUGUCUCGCUCCAUGUCCCAGGAAGCACAGAGAGGCUGAGAGGGCCAGUGACUUGGGCUCCACAGUGCCUGCCCUGGGCUGGGCCCUUCCUGGCUAGGACCACGGAGGGGAGCUGUUGGCCAUGGAAGCUUUGUAGUUUGCCCAGAGUUGGGGGCUAGGGGAGGUGGGAGCCAGAGGCCAGGAUGCCUGGGUCUCCUGAGUUCCCACAGGGAGGGAGCAAAGACGGUGGGCACUAAGGGUGGAGAGCUGGGGGCCAGCACAGCCGAGUACCCCCAGGAGGAAAGGCAGAAAAUGCUGGUGAGGGUAAGAGGUCCCUGAGAGGAGUGACCCCAGUCCAGAUUUCAGCUUCAGAGAAGGAUGAAGAAAAAGCAUAAGGGGAUCUGGAAUGCUCAGGGAAGGAGGCCUGGAGAAGACCGGAGGGAGGGGGACGUGAAGGGGGCAGAAGCAAGGUGGAGACCCCAGCACCCUCUGUUAGCGCUGCAAUAAAUGCUCAAUCACA